CUCGGACAAGAUAAAAGAAAAAAGAUCAAAAUUUUCACACUCUUAGAAUUAUAUAUGCAGGUCUCACUCGCAUGUUUUCGUCAAUUGUUCUAACAAAAUUUGGCAUAAACCAAACUGAUUUCCACGUUAACCAUCUCUCAUCUCUGCGGCAAUUCCUUUGAUCCGGCAGCAGCAUCGAUUGUACAGAUUUUGUUCAAAGAGCUCUGGACACCCACGUUAGCAAAAAAAAGAUGGGUGCUCCUAAGCAAAAGUGGACAGCAGAAGAGGAAGCAGCCCUUAAAGCUGGAGUCUUAAAACAUGGAGCAGGCAAAUGGCGCACAAUACUUACUGACCCAGAGUUCAGUGGCAUCUUACAUCUACGUUCAAAUGUGGAUCUUAAGGAUAAAUGGAGAAAUAUAAAUGUGACGGCAAUAUGGGGGUCCCGUCAGAAGGCCAAACUUGCACUUAAAAGAGAUCUACCUACCCCUAAACUUGAUGAUAACCCUAUUUCUCUAAUCACUGUACCUCAGAGUGAUGCAGAAAUUGUUGAUGCUAAGCCUCUUGUGCUUUCGAGAGGAACAUUGCAGACUGCUGAUUCAAAGGAACCAUUUGCAAGGUUGGAUAAGCUUAUAUUAGAGGCUAUUACCAAUCUGAAGGAGCCAAGGGGUUCUGACAGGGCUGCAAUUGCUUUGUACAUAGAGGAGCGGUACUGGGCACCACCAAACCUCAAAAAACUAUUGUCGACAAAGUUAAAGCAUAUGUCAGCAAAUGGAAGAUUAAUUAAGAUAAAACAUAAGUACAGGAUUGCAUCAAGUUCGACAUUUUCUGAAAAAAGAAGAAGCUCUUCCUUGUUAGUUGUGGAGGAAAGGCAGAAGGAUUCUUCAAGAGCAGAAAAGAGAGAGAUCAACAUUCUUACUAAAACCCAAGUUGACACAGAGCUGUCAAAGAUGAAGGGCAUGACUGCACAAGAGGCUGCUGCAGCUGCUGCACGAGCAGUUGCAGAAGCAGAAGCUGCUAUUGCUGAGGCUGAAAAGGCUGCAAGGGAGGCAGAGGCAGCAGAAGCAGAAGCAGAAGCAGCACAAGUUUUUGCCAAAGCAGCAAUGAAGGCAUUGAAAUGUGGAACACUCCGUGCUUGAUGAUGUGAACUUCACAUAUGGGUAUCCAGUUCUUCGAAGGUGAAUCGUGCAUUGGGCUUCAGGAUCAUACUGGUGCAGCUCUGAAUUCUGCCAAUAUGUCUAUAACUGUAUAUAUGGCUUAGGUUUGUAAAUUUGAUAAAUGGGAUAUUGAUAUUUGAGUUGUGUUUGCUUUUUUGCGGUCAUUUCGCUAGGAGCUUAUAGAUUUUCCUACUUCUAGAACUAAAGGAUGAAGAGUAAUUCUACUAAAAGAAAUAGAUAUAGGGGCUUCGGGGGCCAAGAUACAUAUGUAAUUCAUAUGUUGUGGUGACAGUCACUUAUCAAAAAAAAAAUAUGUUGUGGUGACAGUCAUUUGAGCCAAUGGAAGAGUAAAUGAAAAUAUGAACUUUCUUAA